CCUGCCAAGGGGGGAUGUCUGGCAGGAGGGGCCCUGCUGGGUGGUCCAAGGCAGCCUCGGACAGGGGCUCCCUGGGGUGGGGGCUAAGGGACGGGCCGCACCCUCGGCCUGCAGGCUGUAAUUUGUGUUAUAUAUAGCAUGGAGGGGCUGGGCCGGGAGGGCGGCAGGGCUAUAAGUGAGUGGGAGCCCACCCUCCCAGCACCAGUCUAAGUGUGGAAGAAACGGCGCUGGAACCCAUGGACACCGCGUAUCCCCGCGAGGACCCCCGGGCCCCCACGCCCAGCAAGGCCGGUGCCCACACCGCCCUCACACUGGGGGCCCCGCACCCCCCACCUCGAGACCACCUGAUCUGGUCAGUGUUCAGCACCCUCUAUCUGAACCUGUGCUGCCUUGGUUUCCUGGCGCUGGCCUACUCCAUCAAGGCCCGAGAUCAGAAGGUGGUUGGUGACCUGGAAGCGGCCCGGCGUUUUGGCUCCAAGGCCAAGUGCUACAACAUCCUGGCAGCGAUGUGGACGCUGGUGCCGCCCCUGCUGCUCCUGGGGCUGGUGGUGACUGGUGCCCUGCACCUGGCCCGGCUGGCCAAGGACUCUGCCGCCUUCUUCAGCACCAAAUUUGACGAUGGGGACUAUGACUGACAGGCU